UAGGCUGAGUUUUGUCAGUAUCGCCAUUGGAACAGACUUGGAACAGAUGCUCAUAUCCCGCACUGUUAUUGUGCUUGGGGGACUGGACUGGGAACCAAAGCUGUACAAUACAUUCACUAACCUGGAAACUCGGGAGAAUUGACGAGAAACCUGCAACUUUUUGGACCUAAAUAGCUGAUCCGGAAACCUUGUGAAGUGAAAUAGCGAUUCCCUUACAGUUCAGACUGUGGUUUUGGUGUAGUACAGGCUGACUCCACUCCAGAAAUAUGGAUGCCCCAAACAGACGCGUGGUUAUCAAUGUUGGUGGGGUUAGAUUUGAGACCUAUGCCAGCACUUUGCAGACAUUCCCGGGGACAAAGUUGUCCAACCUUGCAGAAUCCACGGCCUACAGUACUAACGACUAUGACCCGCAGCGAAAUGAGUUUUUCUUUGACCGGAAUCCUGUGGUCUUUGGCUAUGUGCUGGAUUUCUACAGGAACAAGCAUCUCCAUUGCUCAGGAGAUAUGUGCAGAUCUGUGCUAAUGGAAGAGCUAAACUUCUGGGAGGUGAACAGUAGACAGAUGCCCUAUUGCUGCUGGCUGAAAAUUAACAACAUGGUCAGCAAUUUAGAAGAUAUUGGCAUGUCGGAUGAGGUCUUGCACCAUGACCAGCAGCUCCUUGUCCAGACUGAUAGGGUGAAUUAUGGCUGGCGUGCUCGGUGGCAGCCAAAAGUGUGGACCCUCUUUGAGAUGCCCUUCUCGUCACUGACCUCUAUGUGUGUCGCAGCUGUGUCACUUCUUUUCACCAUUGCAGCUAUAGUGAUCUUCUUUGAAGAGACUAAAGAGUAUUUUCUUUUUGAGUUGGUGAACGAAACAUCUUAUUCAGACACUGAAUACUUUUCCCUGAAAUAUGAGUUUGAUUACCGCAAGGUGUCCUAUUUGCUUUAUCUGGAACUUGUUUGCAUCUUCUGGUUCAUUUUUGUGUUUUUCAUACGUUUCUUUUUCUGCCCGGACAAGAAAAAAUUCAUCAAAAAUCUUCUCAACUGGGUAGACUUCAUAUCUCUUUUCCCAGUCUUUGUGGAACUGCUGGCAAGAGGGGAAGUCAAACCAAUGCAUGACUUAUGGAAGGCCCUAGGGUUUCUUCGCACAACCUACAUUCUCAAGUUGAUCAGAAUCAUUCUACAUAUCGAAGGCAGUCUCAUUCUGAGGGUCCUCUCUGGGACUUUGAAGGCAAUUAUGAAGGAAAUCUUCAUUCUCUUGCUGGUCCUGGCUUCUGAAGCACUGUUUUUUGCUACUUUGGAAUUCUAUGCAGAAUGUUCUGAUAUAGCAAUAAAUCAUGAGUCCUGCAGAGACAUCUACGCGUCCUGCUGGUGGGCUAUAAUCACUCUGACCACAGUAGGAUAUGGAGACAUAUAUCCUGUGACCACUUUUGGCAAAAUUGUAUCAAGUGUAACAGCCAUUUGUGGCAUCAUGACCAUUGUGAUACCAAUCCCCAUCCUAAUGAUAAAGUUUCAACAUUAUUACUCCAUAGCUUUAGCGAAGGAAAAGCUAAAAGAUCACAGGCACAAACAGCAAGGAUUAUAAUUCCAAUGAACCAAAAUAAUAUUUACAACCCCUAGAGGAAUAGAACC